AUGGACAUCUAUCUCCACAUAAUCAUCUUUUUUGUUCUCUGCCUCACCUUUGUUGUCCUCGAAAAGAUUCUCGGUCCGCACCUUGAAAAGAAUGAGCCGCCGCUGCUCACCCACAAAGUCCCAUUAUUUGGGCACUUUUAUGGACUGGUAAGAUACGGUCCUGAAUAUUAUACUCGUGUUUCUGCAAAGAGCCGCCCUCCCAUUUUUACACUUGGUAUUUUUGGCACGAGGAGUUAUGUCGUGAACACCUCCCAAAUCAUACACAGCAUUCAACGCAACGCGAAGACGUUGUCAUUUGCUCCUUUGAUUCCAUAUGUUGCAGAGCGAAUUGCAGGCCUCAGACCAGAGCUGUGUAAGGCUUGGUUUGUGGACAAUGGGCGUUUCGAUGAGGGCAUGGGUGUGGAGCAUCACAGACUUAUUCAUCACACCCUCUAUACCGUGGAGGGUGCACGGCAGAUGAACGAUGCUGUGCUUACUGAGCUGAAGCCUUUGAUGGAUGAGAUACCUUCAUGGGGAACCAACUUUGGUAUUUACAAAUGGAUGGUCCAUGUCAUCUCCCAAACGAGCUUUGGUGCAGUUUAUGGACCAAACCACCCCAUGAAUGACGUGGAGGUUGAAAAGGCUUUCUGGGCAUUCGAGAAUAAUGCUGGAAGUCUCUUAACCAGCGUGUGGCCCAAGUACCAAGCUCGCACGGCAUGGAAUGGCCGUAAAAAGCUGGCCGCAGGGUUCCUCAAAUAUUAUCAAGACGGAAACAAAGGGGCUUCCACCUUCGUCACUAUGAGGCGGAAGUUGUUUGAAGAGAACGGAUUCAAGAUUGAAGACAUCGCUCAGUUCGAAGCUGGAAUGUCAACCCCCAUCUUAUCCAAUACGGCUCCGGCGCUCUUCUGGCUGAUACGAGAGAUAUAUGCGCGGCCCGAACUACUUGCUGAGGUUCGUGAAGAAAUCUCUCAUGCCAUCAUCAAGGGCAGCCGCGAUGGGAACCCCACGUUCACGAUGGACGUUCCCAGCCUCAAAACAAAAUGCCCGCGCUUCGUGGCUGUUUAUCAUGAGAUACUUCGCAUGCACGGGAUCGGUACAUCGGCACGGAGAGUACUCCAGGACACGAUUGUCGACAACAAGUACCUUGUUAAAAAAGGCACUCUCAUCCUGAUGCCUUUCGCACCUGUCCACGCCGAGCAGAAGUGGUGGGGCAAGAACCCAGCGUCCUUUGAUAUCAACCGUCAACUCAAAACAGACGGCCCAAAACGUCCUGCGGUAGCAUUCCGCUCAUUCGGUGGCGCUCCACACUUGUGCCCGGGGAGACAGGUUGCGACAUUGGAGAUUCUGUGUAUUGGUGCUAUGCUUAUUUCGCGCUUUGAUGUGGAGCCGGCGUUGGGUUACUGGACAACUCCCAAGCUGACCUACACGAUGUCAGGUAUUGCGACUCCUUCGAGCGAUAUUGCGGUGGAUAUGAAGCCGCUGCCGGGGACUGAUGGAGAGUGGGGAUAUGAGAUGGGGAAUCCGAAGCUGAAGUUUAGCUUGGCUUCCAACUAG